AUGCAUAUUGAAGAUAGAUUGCGGUCCCAUGAAUAUGCCGAAGGAGUGAACCAUUUCCUUGCCAUGGCGCAAUCCAAUGCGCCAGCCAGUGACUCCAUUAGGUGCCCCUGUCGGAUAUGUCGUAAUAAUUUUUUCCAACCAUUUACUGUUGUGAGGGAUCAUCUGUUCUUGCGAGGGAUUGAUAGAAGUUAUACGCACUGGAUAUUUCAUGGAGAAGAUGAUCCUUUUCAUGCCAACCGGUCAUAUGAUGAGGAUGAUGGAGAUGAGGUGUUCGAGUACAUUGAUGACGUUGAUGAGAUGUUAGAUGACAUCCGGGUGGGAUCCUUCGUGGAUUAUACAACCGGUUUAAAUGCUAGUGGUAGUGACGAUGAUCAUGCUGAACCUAGCAACGUCCGGUCAUCAAGUCACAAUACUUUUGAACAGUACGUAGAGGAUGCACGACGUCCUCUCUAUCCUGAGUGUACUAACUACUCGAAGCUAUCAUUUAUGGUGAAGUUGCUGCACAUCAAGACUAUCGGUGGUUGGAACGUGAAGUCAUUUAACAUGGUGCUAAAGCUAUUGAAAUCUGCCUUCCCAACUGCUCUCUUGCCUCAAGACUAUAAUGAUGCACGGCAGCUAGAGCGUGGGUUGGGAUUUAGUUACACCAAAAUCCAUGUAUGCCCCAAUGACUGUAUCUUGUUUUGGAAAGAAGAUGAAGAGAAAGAUGAGUGCCCUCAAUGCAAAGCAUCUAGGUGGGUGUCAAUGACAAGUAAACACCGGGUACCUCAGAAAGUGAUGCGUUAUUUUCCAUUGAAGCCUAGGCUGCAACGACUUUAUAUGUCGAAGAAGACAGCAGAAGCGAUGCGAUGGCAUAAAGAGGGGCGUAUUGAUGAUUCCAGCUGUAUGAGGCAUCCAGCUGAUUCCAAAGUGUGGAAAGAUUUUGACAGGAAACAUGAUUGGUUUGCCAAAGAUGCUCGUAAUGUACGUCUUGGACUUGCGAGUGACGGAUUCAACCCGUUCAAUAACAUGAGCAAGCCCUAUAGUAUAUGGCCAGUCAUACUCCUGCCGUACAACUUGCCACCUUGGUCUUGCAUGAAAGACCCAUACUUUCUAUUGACAUGUUUGAUACCUGGUCCUAAAUCACCAGGAAAUGAUAUCGAUGUCUUUCUGCGUCCUUUAAUUGAUGAAUUGAAAGAAUUAUGGGAGGUUGGUAUUGAGACAUAUGAUGCAUUCAGUUCCGAUGUUUUCCGAUUACAUGCAUCUUUACUCUGGACUAUAAAUGAUUUUCCUGCAUAUGCGAAUCUUUCUGGGUGGAGCACCAAGGGGAAGUUGGCAUGUCCCGUGUGCAAUGUAGAUACUGAAUCUAUGUGGUUAGCCUAUGGGCGUAAACAUUGUUAUAUGGGCCACCGUCGAUGGUUGGCGCUGGACCACCCUUGGAGAAAGAAUAAACGUGCUUUCAAUGGUGCGAACGAUGAUCGGCUUCAACCAUCAAUCCCUACGCCCCAAUCUAUACUUGAGCAAUUACGCAUGGUCUCCGACGUGCAGUUUGGAAAAACUUCACGGAAGAGGAAACGGGCACCACGAGAAUACAACUGGACAAAGAAAAGCAUCUUCUUCGAUCUCCCAUACUGGCAAGACGUGGAAUUGAGGCAUAACCUAGACGUAAUGCAUAUUGAGAAAAACAUCUGUGAUAGCGUGUUGGGCACCUUGCUGAGUAUUGAUGGAAAGAGUAAGGACACUGCAAAUGCGCGAAGGGAUUUGGAACAUCUCGGACUGAGGAAGGAAUUACACUUACGUCCGGAUGGUGAUCGUUGCCGAAUGAGUCUUGCAUGUUACACACUAAACCAUAUUGAGAGAAUAUCAUUUUGUGAGUGGGUGUCACAAGUUACUUUUCCAGAUGGCUUUGCCUCUAAUAUUGCUCGGUGUGUGAAUAUUGGUGAAGGCAAAAUUUCAGGAAUGAAAAGUCAUGACUGCCACAUUUUUCUCCAACGUUUGCUUCCCGUCGCUAUUGGUGGUUAUCUGCGGCCCGACAUUCGGCUAGCUUUGACCGAGUUAAGUACAUUUUUCAGGGAAUUGUGUGCUCGAACAUUGACUUAUGAAUCAUUACAUCGGCUACAGGCAGAUAUUUCUAUAAUCCUAUGUAAACUUGAGAUGAUAUUUCCACCUGCAUUUUUUGAUAUAAUGGUGCACCUCGCAAUUCAUUUGCCGGACGAGGCAUUACUUGCUGGACCAGUGCAAUACAGGUGGAUGUAUCCUUUUGAGAGGUACCUGGGGAAGUUCAAGCGGUAUGUCCGGAACAAAGCCCGCCCUGAGGGUUCAAUUGCUGAAGCAUAUGUUCAUGUUGAGUGUUUGACGUUUUGCUCAAUGUAUCUCAACGACAUUGAGACCAGAUAUCAACGGGUUGAAAGAAACUCAGACAUUCAAGAACAACUACAAAAAAGAUGCAAAAAACAUUUGUGUGGCAGUUUGUGUCAUAGGUGGAUGUAUGGUGCAGUUGUGCUAUAA